AUGUCUUGGUUUGACACUUUGAUUCGGCGGAGUAAACAAUAUUCAACUGAUCAUGAGAAUGAACAAACAAUUAACCAUGACAAUCUAAGUGAACUCUAUGUCGCAUGUUUUGAAGGAGAUCUUGAUCGUGCUCAUCGAUAUUUAUCAAAAACUCCAUUUGCAGAGAUAAAUCGUCGAGAAUGUAAUGGUAGUACUGCUUUACAUGCAGCUGUUCAAUGUGGUCAUAUUGAAAUGAUUGAUCUUCUUUUAAAUAAAUAUGGCGUUAUGAGACAUUUAUGUGACAAUCAAGGUCGAACUGCUUAUGAUUUAGCAAAAAGUAACGAAAUUCGACGAUUAUUUCAACGGCCAACAUCGAAUGGCAAUCGAUUUUGUGAAAAGCCUGAUUCGUUGGAAAUGUUUAGCAGUUUUCAAAAAAAUAAUAAAGAAAAAUCAACAUUUAAACGAGUAGAAACCUAUGGCAGUUAUGAUGAAGUUCGUCGACGUGAGACUCUCGCUACUUUUUACGAGUUUCAACGGACGAAAACCAAUAACGACUUUUUGUAUAAUUUUAUUUUUCAACGAUCGAUCAAACGAACUGAAAAAGAACAACUUGAAGUUUUAUUAAUGAUUAUUGAACAAUCGAUCAACCCAUCUGAUCUUAACUAUAACAAAGCUAUGGAACUCUUUCAUGAGUUCUCAAAAAAUAAAAACCCAGAGUCAUUAAUUCGGUUAUAUACACUUGAAACACCGCUUUAUCGAUUUAUUAAUCGAGGAGAUGAUUCCAAGAUGAUUUUUGCUACUUUAAUGAAUAAUUGUAAAGAUUUACUUUAUGGUCGAUCAUUCACAGGAACGACUUAUCGAGGUUUAGGAAUGACAUCAGACGAUUUACAAAUUUAUCAUUGGGCACGAGAAAAUCCGGAUCGAUAUUUACAAUUGAAUACAUUUUGUUCUUCUACACUCGAUGAGCCUUUAGCAAAGAUGUAUGCAGACGCCAAUGCCAAUGAGCAACAGAAACAAGUUUUAAUUAUUUUCAAUUUUUUAAGACCAAGUGUCAAUGCUAUUGGUUUGUAUCAAAUUUCAAACCAAUUACAUUCUUAUUCAGAUUUUCAAGAUGAACAAGAAGUUCUUAUUGUGCCUGGGAUCGCUUUUUCUGUGACAAAUAUUGAACAAACUUCAUCUUUAAUAACGAUUUCGAUGACACAUUUGAAUUUAAUUGAAAAGAUGGCAGAAUUUGAAAACAUUUUAAUUGAUGAACAGUUGUCAUCCUAUUGA